AUGUGGCUUCUCCCAUUCACACUUCUUAUUCUGCAACUUUUUAUGGCAGAACCUCAGUUCAUCACUAGUAUAAAUGCCACCAAGGGACCACCGUCUUCCAAAAUAUUCCUUGGGCUCCAGGCUCCUUGGAAUAUGUCCUACCCAUUUAGUGCCCAGCGGCUCGGCGCUGCCAUCCAGUUGGCUUUUGAGAGGAUAAGUAAGGAAUGGGAACACCAUUUCUUGAGUAACAGGACACUGGAGUUUGUGUACGCCGACUGCGGCUGUAACGCCAAGAUGUCUCUCAAUGCCUUCAUUCAACAAUCCGAAGAAUACAAAAUCUCUGCUCUCUUUGGUCCAGUUUGUCCAGAGGCUGCUGAGGUCACAGGCUUGCUGGUCUCCACUUGGAAUAUUCCAAUGUUUGGCUUUGUUAGUCACACCCCAAAGCUUAGUAACAACCAAAUCUAUAACACCUACAUCAAAAUAAUUUCCCCUCUCCAGCGAAUAUCUGAUGCUCUGGAGAAAACCUUGAAAUAUUUUAAUUGGGAAUAUGUUGCCUUGUUUGGAGGAUCAGCCGCGGAGUCGACGUGGGACAAAAUAGAUGAACUGUGGACGUUACUGGAAAAUCAGCUGGUUGUAAACUUCACCAUCACUGUGAAGAAGAAAUACGAAACAACAAACCCAGACAGUCUGCGGGAGGCUCUCAGAUCAGUGGCUUCACUCGCUAGAGUCAUCAUACUCGUGGCAAAUUUUGACAACUCCAGGCUGAUCCUGCUGGAAGCGGAAAGGCAGGGGCUGAUAAACGGACAGUACGUCUUCAUCAUGAUCCAGCAGUUUGAAGUCAGCGGAUUCCUGGAAACUUUUUGGAAGGACGCCUUGAUCAAUGAAAGAAAUCAGACUGCUGUCCGGGCUUACGAAUCUGUCCUCUUGAUAGCAGUGAACUCCUCCUACAGCUAUACGUCUUUCAUGAAGCAGGUGUACGAAAAGCUGAAAGGUCCCCCAUUCUACAGUGAAAUUGAGUCUGAAGACCAGGUUAGCCCCUACGCCGCUUACCUCCAUGACUCUAUCUUACUCUAUGCCUUGGGCUUGCAGGAAGUUCUUAAGCAGGGGCGUAAUAUCACGGAUGGACAAGCCGUUGUGGAAAUCCUUAAAGGAUACAAUGGGACUGAGCUGUUUGGGGUGACCGGGCUGCUGAGCAUUGAUAAGAAUGGAGAGCGAUUCAUCAACUAUUUAGUCUAUGACCUGCAGCUGGUCGGUAACUUGUCUCGUUUUGUUCCUGUUCUGCAAUAUGACAGCUACAGGAAUGAGAUCAGGCCUACAGACGCCUUCUCGCAAAUCAGCUGGCCGGGGACGAAUCGUCCUAAAGACCGACCGGACUACAGUCCGGUUGUGGGGCUGAUCGCCACCCUCAUCGUCACCGCUGUGGCUGGGCUCAUUAUUGUGUUAUUCCUCCUUGUUCAGAAGGGGAAACUUAGGAGACAAUUUUCUGAUGAUUCCUGGUGGCAAAUUAAGUAUGAAGACAUCUCCAUUCUUAAAGGAAGCAAGAUGAUUCUUGGGACACCUUUGAGCACUCCAUCCAAGGGGCUGGAGAGUCUCGGGUCCAGCGGCAACAUUUCCAGCAAUCAGAGCUCCGGAUUCAUGGACAAGCAAGGCAAAGAGAUAAUUUACUGCACCAUCGGUAUUUACCAGGGUAAUAUUGUUUCCCUUAAGUAUCUCGCCGACCAAACAGCCAUAUCUCACAUCAGGAAGCCGUCCGUCAUGAAGGAAUUCCGUAUGAUCCGCGAGCUGAAGCACGAGAACCUGAUCACUUUCUUCGGCAUCUGCAUUGAAGCCCCCAAUAUUUGUAUAGUGACCCAAUACUGCAAGAAGGGGAGUCUGAAGGACGUCCUGCAGAAUAAUGAUAUAGAGCUGGACUGGGUCUUCAAGCUUUCCUUCGCUCAUGACAUUGUCAGUGGGAUGGGAUUUCUACACUCCAGCCCUCUCGUCUCUCAUGGAAAUCUGAAGUCGACAAAUUGCCUGAUAGAUAGUCGCAUGCAGGUGAAACUCUCCGGCUUCGCUUUAUGGGAAUUCAAAUACGGCACAGUGUAUAGAGACCUGACCGCCAAGAAUAUCGACUAUUCUGAACUUUACUGGACGGCUCCGGAGUUCCUGCGUCUGGAAAGAUUCCCCUUCCAGGGAACCCAGAAAGGAGAUGUGUACAGUUUUGCCAUCAUUAUGAGAGAGCUCAUAUGCAACCACGAGGAUGGACCUUACCAGGACCUGAGCCUGGAGCCACAAGAAAUUAUCCGCAAAAUCAAAGAUCCAAAAGCGACCGUCCCAUUGAGACCUUCCCUGUCUGUGGAAAAAUGUAAUGAACGGAUCAUCGCUAUGCUGAAAAUGUGCUGGGAUGAAAACCCAGAACGGCGCCCGUCCUUCAUGUCCAUAAAGAGGAGCCUGCGAGGAGCCAGCCCUGAAGGACAUGUCAGCAUCCUGGACAACAUGGUCAACAAGCUGGAGAAGUAUGCCAAUCACCUAGAGGAGGUGGUGGAGGACCGGACGUUGCAGCUGAUGGCUGAGAAGAAGAAGACCGACAAGCUGCUAUCAACCAUGUUACCGGGCUUCAUUGCAGAGCAGCUGGUGGCGGGGAAGUCGGUGGAGCCGGAGAGCUUCAGCUCGGUGACCAUCUUCUUCUCGGACAUUGUGGGCUUCACCACCCUCUGCUCGUCCAGCACGCCGCUCCAGGUCGUGGAUCUCCUCAAUGACCUGUACAGCCUGUUCGAUGAGAUUAUCAAAGCGUAUGACGUGUACAAGGUGGAAACCAUUGGAGAUGCUUACAUGGUCGCCAGCGGUCUCCCCAUCCGCAAUGAGAUUAGACACGUAGAGGAGAUCGCCACCAUGUCUCUGCACUUCCUCAGCGCCAUGCUGACCUUCAAAAUCCGUCACAAGCCGGAUGUAAAGCUCAAGCUGCGGGUCGGCCUGAACACGGGUCCGGUGGUGGCCGGCGUGGUGGGUGUCACCAUGCCGAGGUACUGUCUGUUUGGGGAUACGGUUAACACUGCAUCGCGGAUGGAAAGCAACAGUUUACCUCUGCGGAUUCACAUCUCGGAGACAACAGCCGACGCUCUGGAGCAAAUCGGGGGAUAUGUGAUAUCAGAAAGAGGAUGGAUCCAAGUGAAGGGUAAAGGGAAGCAGAAGACUUUCUGGCUAAAGGGUAAAGCUGGCUUCGGAAUGCCGCUACCAGACUUCCCAGAUGGUACAGAAGAUGAACUGCAUGGGUUGCAUGAGGCAGAAGAGAUAAGUGUGAACUGA